CCGUUCUUCAGACAAACAAUGGUCCUGGUCUGACAGGAUUAAUGACUAUAGCUGCCCACCUAGUUAAACAGGCUAAGAAGGACCAACUGCUUGGAAGUACUGCGGAAGAGAAAGCUGUCGUUCAGCAGUGGUUGGAAUAUAGAGUGACUCGAGUAGAUGGAGGCUCUAGUAAAGAAGAUACUAGAAUAAUUCUGAAGGAUCUUAACAUACAUCUUGAAGACAAAGUUUACCUUGCAGGAAACAUUUUUACCUUAGCAGACAUUUUGAUGUACUAUGGAUUGCAUCAUGUCAUGGUGGUGUCAAGAUCACUAAGCUAAGCUUGAUGGCUGCCUUAGCUAACUGAAAAUGAAGUGAGGUGAAUCCUGCACUGAUUGGUGAGACAAGAUAAGGUAGUUGAUGUGAAGAUCGCAUUUCUUUUCCUGAUGCAGUUUUUGUAGUCUAUUUUGAGGACUACCCCAUUUGUAAUUCAGGUAGAGUAGGUUAAUGUGAGGAAACAGGUUAUUGUCUAAAUCGAUAAGCUAACUUCAUUACAGAGAAAUGAGGAGACCUAGAAUUGCUAAUCAAGGAACAGUGAUACAGGAUGGGAAUAGUUCUACAGCUGUCUUGAAAGACUCUGAAGUAGUAAAAGACUUCAGCAAAGCUUUGAGGAUGUUGCUGACUUUAACUUGGAAAGACUUUGGAAGGCAUAGUUAAGAUCUGUAAUUGUAGAUGGCUUUAUCUGAGCUGUCCUCUGAUCAAAAGUAAAGGUAGGCUGGAAGUUCUUUGUUAAUCUUAGCCACAGUUCCUGUGGCAAGGAGCUGUUGCGAUAGCUGUACGAUAGCUGGAGGCUUCUUCCCGACUGAUCUUGCAGCUCUUUAGAUCAGGGUUAAAAUAAGCAAGUGACUGUGCUGUUGACUUGACAACUCUGGUGACCAACAGGACCUCAAACUGUAGGAGUAAGUGGUAGUACUUUAAAUACGUUUAUGAAGUAUGGACAGGUUUCCAGUUUGUUUUACUGCAGUAAUUUGAAUCGUGCCAUUGCGAUCUUAACGUGAGCUAGCACAUCUGAACAGUUAAGUGUUAAGCUAUGCGGUUUCUUAGUAACUAUUGACCACUGCUCAAAACAGAAAACAACUUUCAAGUUUUCUAUCUGGUCUGAAAUUGCCUGGGAAAAAAACCUUAUUCCUGUACUUAUGAUACACCUUGAAAUACAAAGUAGUCACUUUGCCUGGGAGGAAAGAACACCUGCUCGAUUAAUGUGAAAGACCUGUGUGUGCUGUGGAACUUUUACCUGCCCCUCCCAAUACUGUAUGCUAACCCCCUGAAUAGACAGAUGCAUUAAAUUCAAGCAAGCUAACACCCUUUCCCCCUGCCCUCUAUCAUACAAGUGUAUAUUCCACCCUCCAGGUCUGUUAAUUUGAGUAAAUUAAAAGUAAAUGCAUAUUUUGGGCUAUGAAUUUUAAUAUGUGAAAUUAAGAUGGAAUACUGCUGGACUGUAACAAUUUUUAUGUGAGUUGAAAUCAGCUGUAAAACUAUUCACUUUUAUUUUACCUCACCGUGUGUUAAUGACACCAGUGAUGCAGUGCCUUGUAUUAUUGGUGCCUUGUAUUUCUUCCCC